GAAGAGAGAUCUUCUUCUUCCUAAAUCCGUAACAUUGGCUCAGGCGUGAGAACACAAUGCAAGGAGGAUCAUCGGGUAUUGGUUAUGGUUUGAAGUAUCAGGCCAGAUGUAUAUCGGAUGUGAAAGCAGAUAGAGAUCACACUAGCUUCCUCACUGGAACCUUAAGCUUGAAAGAAGAAAACGAGGUUCAUUUGCUUCGUUUGUCAUCUGGUGGAUCUGAGCUGUUAUGUGAGGGUUUGUUCUCGCAUCCUAAUGAAAUUUGGGACCUUGCUUGUUGCCCUUUUGAUCAACGCAUUUUCUCUACCGUCUUCUCCACUGGCGAGUCAUUUGGAGCAGCAAUAUGGCAGAUUCCUGAGCCAUAUGGUCAAUCGAAUUCUUCAACAUUGGAGUGUGUUGCUUCACUUGAUGCACAUGUUGGUAAGAUUAAUUGCGUUCUUUGGUGUCCCUCUGGAAAUUCUGACAAGUUAGUCAGCAUGGACGAACAAAACCUUGUCUUGUGGAGUUUAGACUCGUCAAAGAAAAGUGCUGAGGUUUUAUCUAAGGAGUCGGCUGGUAUGCGUCAUUCUUUAUCUGGUGGAGCAUGGAAUCCACAUGACGUGAAUUCUGUUGCAGCAACUUCUGAAUCAUCUAUCCAGUUUUGGGAUUUACGUACUAUGAAGAAGGUUAAUUCAAUUGAACGUGCCCAUGUACGUAAUGUUGACUACAAUCUCAAGAGAGAACAUAUACUCGUUUCUGCAGAUGAUGAAUCUGGUAUACAUCUCUGGGAUCUUCGGAAGACCAAUGUUCCUGUGCAAGAGCUCCCUGGUCAUACACACUGGACAUGGGCUGUCAGGUGUAACCCUGAGUAUGAAGAGCUAAUUCUGAGCGUUGGAACAGACUCAGCUGUCAACUUGUGGUUUGCCUCUGUAUCUAAUGAGAAUAAACCCUCAGGAAGCCCGGUGGAAGCAUCACGUCAGCGUGUGAACCCGUUGCUAAAUUCUUAUACUGACUACGAAGACAGUGUCUACGGCCUUGCUUGGAGCUCGCGUGAGCCUUGGAUUUUUGCAUCAUUGUCAUAUGACGGGAGGGUUGUGAUCGAAUCCGUCAAGCCUUUCCUACCAAGAAGAUAGGUUCAUGCGCCCAAUCAAAGAAGGCUUCAAAGGAAAAGCUGCAUUGUCAUAUGCUAUCAUUUUAUACAAAUUUUGAUAAUAAUCGCAACACCAAAACUAUUCUUUUACAAUUGUUGAACUUUUGCUCGUGUCUUUGUUCAUCUCUAUCUCUCAGCACAAGUCACAAAGAUUGAAAAACAGACCUCGUGAAAAUACGCACAAAGUCAAUGAACCUGCUAUAAUUCA